UCGUCGCUCGCAGGCUCUUGCUAAGACAGGACAUCGCCCCGCCCGCUCGCACCCGCUCGUCGCUCAUGAUCUUCACCUACUUUCUUCCAAAUUUCUUCCGCAAGGAUUCGACAAGUCUGUUCGGACGCAGUGAGUGCAUCUCGUCUUCCCGAGGGUGUUGAAUGAUCCAGCACAAUGGAAGCAGUAGAUAAUAAAGGUUCAGAAGCUAUUUCAAGCCUUUCCCUUAAAGAGGGCUCUGGCACUUCUCCAAAUACCAAAGGAGAUUCGGAUAAAACAGCCAUUGAAAAUGGUGGUCUUAAUGGCAGCAGUGAGAAAAAAAUCUCCCAGGAGAAAGAAUCUGUGGAAAAAGACGAAGCUAAAAUCCCUAUCAAACAGUCUGAACCUUCUGGAGGGAAACAGGGCAGUAAUAAAUCUGCUGAAAUUGUGAAUAAGAAGUCCUCCCGAGAAGAGAAAUAUUCUCGCAGGAAGGAUGAGCGAGGUGUUGAUCAAGUCAUGAAAGGCCUCAACUCAUUUGAAACACCGCAGGAGAAGCUUGAUGCCCUUGUUAAGAAGUAUUCAGAAAUCUAUGAUGAAAAUCGGAAGCUUCAGACUCAAACAAAAAACUAUGAGCGACGGUUAAUUCAAGUAGAGCGUGAAAAAGAUUCUGCUCAAAGUGAACACAGUAAAUCUGUGUUAGCUAGAAGUCGUUUGGAGGGGCUGUGCCGUGAGCUUCAAAGACAAAACAGAGCUAUCAAGGAAGAGAGUGUUUUGAAGAUUCGCGAAGAAGAAGAAAAGAGGAAAGAAGUGUCCAAUAAGUUUCAGAGCACUCUUGCAGAAAUAACAUCAUUAAUGCAACAAAACAAUGAGAAGAAUUCUAAACUACGAGACGACAAUAUUGAAAUGACUACUAAGUUUAAAUCUGUAUGUGAGCAGUAUGAACUUAGAGUGCAGCAAGUUGAAAAGAUCUCAAAACAGAUGCAGCUGGAAGCACAAUUAGCUGAUGCAAAACUUGCUAAGGCACAUCUGGAGGCUAAAGCAGAGAAGGAGAACAUGCUUCGAGAGAAACAGGAUCUGCUCUUGGAACUUACCCAAUGUCAAGUAAGAGCACGAGAGCAAGAAAAAACUGAGUUGAAGCUACGAGAGCAAGUUGAACUUUACACCAACAAGUAUGAUGAAUUUCAGACAGCCUUGUCCCGUAGUAAUGAGGUUUUUGGAGGAUUCAAAGAUGAAAUGGAUAAGAUGUCAAAGAAAAUUGUCAAACUGGAGAAAGAAACUUCAACUUGGAAGUUGCGAUGGGAAAAAAGUCACCAGGCACUAUUAGAAAUGGCAACUGAUAAGCAACAACGAGAUGCUGAAUUAUCCUUAGCUAACCGCCAACUUAACCAACUGCACAAGUUGUGUCGGACAUUAACGGAAGAACGAGCUAAACUUAUGGCCCAGAUAAAUGCCAUUGGUGCCAACACACCAACAGAUACUGCUAAAGAAGAUAAGUUGGCUGCUGAUAUUGCAGAAGAUCGUAGGAAAUUGAAUGACACAUUGGACAGUCUUCAGUCUGUCAUAUUAGAAAGAGAGCUUCUGCACAAGCAGCAACAAUUGGAGAAGCAGCAGCAGCAACUUCAAGUGGAACUUCAGAAGCAAUUAGCUGCUGAACCCAAAGCCGAAGCAUGUGAAGUAAAGACAGCUGAAAAGUCGCUUGAUUCUAAAACAAGUUGCUCUAAGCCUGCUGAGACAAAAACACCUGUAGGUAAAAAUGCUGAACAAUCAAAGAAGAAAGGCAAAAAGCAGAAAUCAGGCCGACAACCCUCUGAUAAACCAACACCCUCUGAAGAGCUGAAACCAGAACUGAAAGAGGGUACUGCAUCUCCAUCAGGCAAUACAGAUCUUUCUAAUGGAAAUCCCUCUCAAGCUGAACUUACAACUUCUGCAGAACAAAAUCAAGUAGAAGCUCAGGGAUCAUCGGCUCCUGUAACUGAUCUCUCUUUGUCCGAUUCCCUACCAGUGUCGACCCCACCUAUUACUGAGCCUGAAAUCCUAAGCCAAGUGCAACCAAAGAUAAAGGAUGUUACAGAAAAGUUGAUAGUAGCAAGUCCUGAUUCCAAACCUCUCAGUGCCCAAGAACCUAAGGCUUCAAAGGAGGCAGUUGCGCCAUCAAAUUCUGCUUGUAAUGUACCAAGUGCACCUGCAACAUUCAGCUAUGCUGCUGCUCUAGGCAGCAAACCUGCGGAACCACUGGCAGAGAAAAAUCAGAUUGAAAAGACUCCUGCAGAGCCGGUAGUAGAGAAGAGUCAGAUCGAAAAGACUCCUGCAGAGAAAGUAGUAGAGCAGAGUCAGAUCGAAGAGACUCCUGCAGAGAAAGUAGUAGAGAAGAGUCAGAUUGAAAAGACUCCCACAGAGCAAGUGAAAGAGAAGAGUGAGAUUGAAAAGGCUCCCACAGAUCCAGUGAAAGAGAAGAGUCAGAUUGAAAAGACUCCCACAGAGCCAGUGAAAGAGAAGAGUCAGAUUGAAAAGACUCCCACAGAGCCAGCGAAAGAGAAGGGUCAGAUUGAAAAGACUCCCACAGAGCCAGUGAAAGAGAAGGGUCAGAUUGAAAAGACUCCCACAGAGCCAGUGAAAGAAAAGAGUCAGAUUGAAAAGACUGAAAAGGUACUUGCAGUGCCUCACACUGACGCUGCAGUGCCUGAGACCGUGAACACUGUUUCUGCAACUGUAGAUGCAGUUAAUGGCGUUCCCAAGCCAAAAGCGAUGGAGGCAGCUAUAACUCCCUCUGAAGAAGUUACUGCUGCCGUGCCCCUUGUAGUCUCGCCUCCCAAGAAGAGCAAGAAAAGGGUUGGGCAGCCACUGGGGAUCAAAGGUCGUUCAGCAUCUCUGUUUCGGCUUUCGAAGCUGUUUGGUUGCCUCAAGCGACAGGGCCGGGCAACUCAGACGCAUGACACAAGUUGAGAAUGCAGCCAUCCAUUUUAUAUCUCUUAGAAACGAGGAAAGUGGCAGGAAGAGGAAGAAGUGAACACGAGUCGGCGCGCGGCGCGUGUACGCUGCAGCCUGCAGCUCAGUAGCAAAAGAACAUUAUCUCGAUGUGUUAAAGGCUUGUGAUUUCCCUACAAUCCGAAUUGUCUUUUGUUAUUUCAAAAUCAUCAACUAUCCUUUGUUUGUUAACUGUUUUUCUUGCUGUGAAUUACACCUUUUCUUUUGUUU